UGACCUGUGCUGCGUUCAGCAGCGCUCAGCUCGACGUGCCUGUCGCUCUCGCAGCAUCGCCAAACACCCAACGCACCCCCAAGUCUCACAAGAGAGUCCGGUCGCUGACGCUCGCCACCAUGGAUCCCGACGAGCAGCAGCAGAGGCCGCCGCCAGACGAGCCGACGCUGCCGAGCGCCGAGCAGAUGCGGGCGCGCCGGCUCGCUAAGCUUAGUGCUUCUGUUCCCCCAGCCGGUUCGGCUUCGGCGGAAGACAAAAUAGAAGACUCCGACAAGAGUACCCCAGAGUCGUCCUCCGUUGCCGCCGCUGGCAGUUCCGUACCCGCCAAGAACCAUCCCACCCCUCCCCAGCAGUCGCGGGCUCAAAGCCCAGUCCCCUCACGGCCACAAGGAGGCAAGGAGGAUUCAGGCAUGCGGCCGCCGAAGAUCCAGAAGCCGGAGACGUUCGAGGACUGGGCCGACAGGACCAUCUCGCAAUUCUUCAGGGCUACCCUCGACCCAGAGCACCAAGCCGACGCCCUCGGCCACCCGCUCACGUACCUGCCCAACCUCAGAAGCGAACUCGAGGAGUCCUUGGGGGAGCCAAAGGAUGGAGACAAGCUCCGACUGUCGCAGGACAGCCUGGAUGCCAUAAUCCUUGAGGCCGCCACCGAGUUCCCGCACCAGAAACCGCUGCUUGAAUAUCUCCUCCCUUGUUGGAAGCGCAUCAUCAGGUUUAGCAAAUCCGCCGUGAUGGUGCGCAGCCCAGCGCCGGAGAAGGUCGCGCUCGUCAGCGAGGCCAAACGACUCUGCAUGAGCAACGUACUCUUCGCGCUCACGGUCCCCGACCUGUUUGGUCGCGAGGCAAAUCCGAAGCAUGACAGCCUGGCGCCCUACCUGCUCAGAGGCUUGGAUAGCGAAUCCGGAAUCUGCCUGGAUUUCUUGGAUGAAGCCGUCAAGAGGCUAGACGAGGAUGAGUCCUUUACCGACAUCUUUGUCAAUGCAAUGGCCGAGAUUAGCGCGAGGCUCUCCAAGAUGAGUCUGGCAGACAACUUCAGGCCACAUGUUGACGUUCUCAAACUGUACUCCAAACACAAGGAGCUCAUGAUCGCACUGGCUCGGCAUGAUUCCUUCCUGCUCCCGACGACCACUACACCGCCCUUGAUAGAGAAAGAGACGAUUUUGGGCCCAUUCUUCCGGCUUUCUCCCCUCCAGGCACUUGUGUCCAAAUCCUAUUUCCCUAAUCCGACAUCUCUCGACGAGAAUGCGGUCCGAAGCGCACAAAACGCCCUUCGCAUCACGCUUUCAGCUCACCAGAUGGAUCUUGCCGGCAUUACUAACAGCUUCGUGCGUGCAAACGAAGAGGUGAGGAACAGGAUGCUGGACUGGCUCGCCCUGGUCGUCAACUCCAACCACAAGCGACGGGCCAUGCAGGUUGAUCCCAAGGAGGUCUCUUCGGACGGCUUCAUGGUAAAUGUCACCUACGUGGUCAACGACCUGUGCCAGCCCUUUAUGGACCCGACCUUCUCCAAGGUCGGCAGGAUCGAUACCGACUACUUGCGGCGCAACCCGCGCGUGUCGAUCAAGGAUGAGACCAAGCUGAAUGCGGACCAGCAACAGUCGGACGAGUUCUAUUCCACAAAGGCUGAUGGGACCACCAACUUCAUCACAGAAGUGUUUUUCCUAGGGCUUGCAGCCAACAACUACGGCAACCAGUCCAUCUCCGAGCGGCUGAAGACCAUGGACAGGACAAACGAUAACUUCAGGAGAAAUUUGGAAGCCUUUGAGGCAGAACGCCAUCGCCACAUCAACAAUCCCACCCGGCUCCAGCUUUUCGACGCCAGGACUGCGCAGUAUCGCGAGGCUCUUGACCUCAGUCUGGCAAACAAGCACGCGGCUGUUGGCGUGCUCACAGACGAGAAGAUGCAAACCCGGUCCCUCCAAUUCAUGCGAUACGUGACUGUCUGGCUCUUGCGCGUGGCCAGUCAGACCCCUUAUACCCCUGACACGUCGUUGAAGAUUCCAUUGGCAUCUCCUCCCGCAGACAUUUUUGGCUGCCUCCCAGAGUAUGCUUUGCAGAUUGUCCUGGACAACUUCAAAUUCGUAUACAAUGCGAUGCCGCAAAUCCUAAUGUCGGCGGUCGGCGACGAGCUCAUGGUUCUUUGCAUCACGUUGCUUGAAUCGUCUGAUUACAUCCGCAACCCUUACAUGAAGGCGGCGCUGGUCACGCUGCUUUACUUUGGAGUGACCCAGUUCUAUCGUCACUGGAAGAACGGCGUCAUGUCAGACGUGCUCACCAAUUCCAAGUUUGCCAACGACCAUCUCCUCCACGCCCUCAUGAAGUUCUACAUCGAGUGCGAGUCGACUGGAGCCAACUCUGCUUUCUACGACAAAUUCAACAUCCGCUUCGAGAUAUCAUACAUUAUCCAACGGGUGUGGCCCAAUACACACUACCACCAGCAAUUGACGCAGCAGAGCAAGACCAACAGGGCCUUUUUCAUCCGGUUCGUGAACAUGCUACUAAACGAUGCCACGUACGUUCUGGACGAGGCGCUGGGCAAGUUCCACAAGAUCCACGAGCUCCAGGUGGAGCUCAGAGAGACCGGGGCCCUCACGGAAGAGGAGAAAAGGCAGAAGCAGGACGAGCUGCAGACGAUCGAGGGCCACGCAACAUCCUAUAUGCACCUGACAAACCAGACGGUGGCCAUGAUGAAGCUCUUCACAGAGGCUUUAGGAGAUGCGUUCACCAUGCCCGAAAUCGUGCAGCGACUGGCGGGCAUGCUGGACUACAACCUCGAGACGUUGGUCGGACCCAAGUCCAGCAAGCUCAAGGUCGAGAACCCGCAGAAGUACCGGUUCGAGCCCAAGACGCUGCUGGCGGAGAUCACGGACAUCUAUUUGAACUUGGGUAAGAAGCCUGCGUUCAUUGAGGCCGUCGCGGCGGACGGGCGGUCGUACAAGCCCGAGACGUUCGACGCAGCGGCGCGAAUCAUGCAAAGCAAGGGGCUGGCAGACCCUCCCAAGGUACAUGCAUGGGGGCGGCUGGUAGCCAAGGUGGUGGCGGCCAAGCAACUGGCCGAGCAGGCCGAGCAGGACUUUGGCGAGAUCCCGACCGAAUUCGAGGACCCGCUCAUGAGCGACCUGAUGAAGGACCCGGUGCAGCUGCCGUCGGGCAACAUCGUGGACCGGUCAACCAUCACGCAGCACCUGCUCUCUGAUGCGAAGGACCCGUUCACUCGACAGCCCAUGAGCAUCGACGACGUGGUGCCCUGUGACGAGCUGCGGGCCCAGAUCGAGGCGUGGAAGGCGGGUCGGAUGGCAGUGGCCAAGGAGAAGCUGGCGGCUAUUGCAGAUGGCAGCGCACCGGAGGUGAACAAAAGUGGUGAUGGCGGCUCAAGUAUACUGCCCGUGGACGCAGACUCGAUGGAUACCUCAUGAAUCCGGCCCCAUCAUGGUGUUUAUUCUAUACUUGGGCAUUGCUCAUUGUCCAAUCCAAGUACUUUUCUUUUUCCCAGCAACUCCCUGCCUGUUUGGGAGGUCUCUGCUGUCCCGCGCAUCCGCUGGCAUGCUGCCCGAACUUUGUGGCUCACCGGCCCUUGGAAAACGGUCCAAAUAGAUCUCUGCCUACUUUUGCAUCUGAAAUAUGGGCUGCUCUACUCUUAUGUCGCCUUCAUUUGCUGGUUGACUUCCGUCGUCCCCUUUGGGUUCGUUACUUUGUCCAGCCGCAGGAAGUGGUGGGAAUAUCCUGAGUUGGUAAAGUUCAAAUCUCGGUGCCUUGAUUUACUGUAAACUAACUAAAAAAAAAAAAAACGGUGUCUAAAACUCCAUCCUUUCCGAUCAUCCAAUUUUUCCGGAGAAAAAGAAGACCAAAGGUUAC